AUGUAUACAUUUAGCAGUGAGUUAAUUCUCCGAGGACUCACUGACAACCUGAACCUAAAUGUUCCUCUGUUCCUAGUUUUCCUGUUCAUCUAUAUCAGUUCUAUUGUCGGAAAUACAGGAAUCAUUGUGACUAUUUGGAUGGACCCUGCCCUCCAUACACCUAUGUAUUUCUUUGUAAGCCAGCUUGCAAUGCUUGAUCUUUUUUAUACUUCUGUUAUUACACCAAACACCUUAGCAGAUAUUAAUAGAAAAAUCAAAUCUAUAUCUGUCAUUGAUUGUGCCAUACAAUUUGUAUUAUAUGGGGGUUCAGCUACAACAGAGAGUUAUUUACUGGCAGUAAUGGCUUAUGAUCGGUUUGUAGCUAUAUGUCAACCCUUGCAGUAUAUAAUGACCAUGUCUAAGAGUAUAUGUAAAUAUCUGGUGGCUGCUGCCUACAGUGCUGGGUAUAUUAAUGUAUGCAUUCAAGCUUGUUUUACACUUAGGUUGAACUAUUUGAAAGACAACAUUAUUGAUCAUUUCUACUGUGAUAUUCUGCCCAUUAUUAAACUCACAUGUUCUGAUACAUAUCUCAAUGAGGUUGUGAUUUUUCUUUUUGGUGGCUUUGCAUCUGUCAUCUGCUUGUCAACCAUUUUAUUCUCCUAUAUCAAUAUUCUUGUGACUAUACUAAGAAUACAGUCUGCAAGGGGGAGAAGUAAAGCUUUCUCCACUUGUGCGUCUCACCUGACAUGUCUGUCUAUUUUCUAUGGAACUGUGAUGUUCACAUACCUCAGACCCCCAUCAGAUUACAUGCUGGACAAUGAUAAACUGCAUGUUAAUGAUAAAAUCAUCUCCGUGUUCUAUGCAGUAGUAAUACCCACUAUCAAUCCACUCAUUUACAGUUUGAGAAAUACAGAAGUAAAAGAAGCUGUGAGAAAAAUUGCCAACAAAUAUAAUUUUUUUCAGAUUUUUAAAAGGAGCUACUAA